UCGCUAUGCAAUCGGGUGGAUCCGUGGCUUCAAAACUUGCUCAAACGUAUCAAUAAUUUCGAACUAUAAUCGAAUUAGGAUAAAAGUAAUUGUGGAAUAUUGUUCGCUUCGUUCUUCAUCUAUUUAUACACUCGUUAAAACGAACAUUCGCUGUAAAAUGUGUAAGUUGCGCUGAGUCAGGAAGAAUUGAAACUCUGCGUGUUGGUGUUGAGUGAAUGUCAAGUGAUCGCGACCGUGAGUGAGAAAGCAACAGGAGGUUUAAACUGCAGCGACAGCAAAAUGGAGUUUGCCGAAUUGAUUAGAACUCCGAAGCUAGACGGAGUGCAAUUGUACGAGCAGCUCACUCGAGAACCGAUCGAUGGAACGCUUUGUAUAACGAGCCACGUCCUGAUACUGAGCACGAGAAAAGAGGGUGCACGAGAGGCCUGGCUGCUGCAUCAAAAUGUGGAUAUCGUUGAACGCAAACCAUGCAUUACUAAUAAUGUUCUAGAAGGUGGAACCAUUAUUCUGAAGUGCAAGGAUCUUAGGAUAAUUCAUCUCAGGAUCAACACUCCCCAGGAAUAUUUUAACAUAUCCAACUCGAUAGAACAGCUGUCAAAUUUGGAGGAAAUCAAAAAGCUUUACCCGUUCUUUUACAUUCCGAUGUAUAAUGUCAUCCAAGAUGGCCAUACCGAGUACACAAUGGAGACCGAAUUCGCCAAAUUACUUGCCACUGAGGAAUGGCGUUUAACAACGGUAAACCAUGACUACAAAGUAUGCCCAACGUAUGGUUCCAGAUUGAUGGUGUUGAAGUCGAUAACCGACGAGCAAAUAAUCCAAUCAGCUGCCUUUCGCGAUGGAGGACGAUUUCCGGUGCUCGCCUACAAACACACCAAUGGAGCGGUGCUGUUCCGUUGUGCCCAACCGUUGGCUGGUCCUGGUGUGAAACGAUGCCGGGCGGAUGAAGCGAUUCUGAAUGCAGUGGUGGAACCGGGUGGUAAGAAGGGAUGCAUUUUUGACACCUGGGGAAAACAUAAAAACACAAACACCGAGUUCGAACCACAUUAUUCGCAAUGGCGUGUGUUGAGCCGACCCAUUGGGCCACUUUCCUCCGUUUCUGCACUAUUAGAUAGCUUUGUUAAAUUAAUGGACGCCUGCAAUGAUGUGAGCUCCGGGUCGGACCGAUGGCUCUCGCGUCUAGAGAAUUCCGGUUGGCUAACGUAUGUGCUCAACGCGAUUAAUGUUUCGUGCAUUGUGGCGCAAUGUUUGGCCCUGGAAGGAGUUCCCGUGCUGGUGCACGGAGGCAAAGGACUGGACACACCAGCAAUCGUUACCUCUGUGGCGCAAAUAAUUCUCAAUCCUGACUGCCGCACUAUCAAAGGAUUGCAAGCCUUAAUCGAACGGGAGUGGUUGUGGGCGGGUUACCCGUUUUCAACACGGCACAAACACUCCUGCUACACGCCAUCCGCUCAGCGGCAUAAAACUUCAAGUGCUACGUUUGUGCUCUUCCUGGACUGUGUCUUCCAGCUGUACAACCAGUUUCCGUGCAGCUUCGAGUUCGACUCGCGGUAUCUGAUAAGUCUGUUCGAGCACAGCUACAGCAGUCAGUACGGGACGUUUCUGUGCGAUUCGGAACGGGAACGGGUGGAGUUGAAGGUGCGCGAGCGUACCAUUAGUUUGUGGAGCCAUAUCAACCGACCGCAGGUGAUCGACACAUUGCUCAAUCCGAUGUACAUCCCGAACGUGGCGGUGAUUUGGCCUUCGGUGGCUCCACUUAGUAUCAUUCUCUGGUCGGACCUAUACACCCGCUGGGUGAUCGAUCACAGCCAAUCGGAGGCCACCCGCAGCCGGAUGCAGUCGAUUGUGACCGAGGAGAAGGAGCUCGAGAAGAAAGCAAGAAAACUGCGGCGAGAACUGGUGGAGCUGCAGGAGGAGUACCAUCGAAUGAUAGCGGAAGACUCUCUACUGACCUGCGAGGAGGAAUUCGGUGACAGUAAACGCAUUUAACUGAUGACGUAUGAUGACUUAUGAAACCAGACUCACUACUGACAUCGAUACUAGACUGACAUUUUCUAUCUACUGAUGAUCGCUGUGGUUUCUAUUAAGUUAGUUGCUAUAGGCAAUUACGCCCGGAAAAUCCAUGUUACGACGAAAAAUCACUCCUUAAAAAACAAAAACUACUACAAUUUCUAUUAAAUAUGUUACCAUAAGCAGAACAAAAUCACUACAAUUUCUAUUAAAUAUGUUGCCAUAGGCAUUUGCGACGGAAAAAUACAUGUUACGACGGAAGACCACUCAUAAAAUGGUGACUCGUGAAGAGAACAAAAUUACUACAAUUUCUAAAUAUGUUGCCAUUGGCAAGUUAGGUUUUUAAUCUUUACUUCGGAUUUUUUUAAAAGUUAAAACUAAAUUCACUCUUGACCAUCCAAACUAGAACUGAACUAUUUUAUUUUCACACGUUUAUAAAGGUGUUGCUAAUCUAAAUAAAACUAUUGAUUAAGCACUUUGGAA